AUGAAGUUCAAGGCUUUCUUCACCGACGAUGGCAUCUCCCUCCUCGACAAGCGAUUCCUACCGGCCAUGGACAAGGUGGGGCGCGUCUGCCACUUUUUCUUCACGCCCACGCACGCCAUGCUCCUCCACAACCUGCUCGGCGCCACGGCCGCCGGGCCCGACGGCGGCGGCCCGCAGUGCGUCGCGCAGUUCGCCAAGGACCUCCUCUUCCGUGAGUACAACGUGUCCUCGCGAAACGGGAACCAAAUCGCCUUCUCCGUCGAAGUCGCGCUGCUUCACCGCGCGCUCCGCAGCGUGCUCGCCGUCCACGCGCAGCCGCCGGCCGCCGGGGACGCCCCCGGUGCCCCGGCUAUACAGGUGAAGCUCGUCAACAAGCUGCCCGUAGGGUCACGAACCGCCACGCCAUUCCUCACUUUCGAAACCAAGGGCGCCCGCGCGGCCGUCGUGCAGGAUGUGCCCAUCUCGCGCCCUCUCUCACGCUCCGACAUCGAGCGGUUGCAGGCCGCCCUUGACGCUGCCAAGGAUCUCCCUCAGACUCUGGUCCAGGUUCCUGAUCUGCCACAACUGCAAAGCUUAGUGGAUCGUUUGAAAAAUGUUGGUGAUCUGCUAACAGUGGCUGUCACCCAAUAUAGUGAUCUCCAUCUACAAGUUUCUACUUCUCUUGUUACCGUUGGCUCUGAAUUUCGGAAGCUCCGGGUUAUUGGUGAUCGUGGUAUUGCUCCUGGUGGUGCUUGUUUAACAGUCGUAUUCCAGUAUUUCAUCCCAGGAACUAGAUUGGCAGAUAAGUCCAUUAGCUUCUACUGCAGGCUUCCAGUCCUCGACCCUGGAUCCAGUUAA